AUGAAGAGGCAGGCAGCAGACUUUUACACUGAACAUCAGACAAAGUCUUUCUUCAACAACCUGGUGCAAUUUAUGACCUCUGGGCCUGGGGUUGCCAUGGAGCCGAUGGGUGAAGAGGCGGUUUCAGUGUGGAGAAGGAUUCUAGGCCCCACUAUCUGGGGCAUGGCACGGAAAGAGGCCCCACCAAGCCUCACUGACCAGGUUGGCACAGAUAACACCAGAAAUGCUGGACAUGGGUCUGACUCACUGGCUUCAGCAGCAAGAGAACUGGAAUUUUUCUUCCCAUCCACAGCGGGCCAUGGUCCUGCUAACACGGCCAAUUACACAGACUGUGCCUGUUGCGUCAUCAAAGCUCACGCUAUAUCAGAAGGACUUUUGAGUUCCUAA